AUUAUUAUAUCUUCAUCGGAUAAACAAAGGGGAAUAAAGUUACGAGCAUCUCGCUAUCCGCUUGCUGUGAUCACGCACCCGCCCCACAAACUCGAGGAACUAGUCUCCAUCUCCAAUUGCCCUGGUGGCAGUGGAGAGUCCAAGAAGAAGCCGCACCAACGCGCCACACUGAUCCAAGCCAUGAAGAAGAAGAUCGGCGGCGGGCUGUGCAGCGUCGACCAAGUGUUCGACCAAAUGCUCAAGCAACUCGAUGACCAUCAUCCCGUCGAGUUCCAACUCCCGGACUGGCUAAAGAAGCGAAAAUCCACGCCCUACACCUUCAUAAAGCGCAAUUUGUACCUCACCAAGAAGAUGAAACGCCGAGCUGAGGAUGAUGGUAUAUUUUGCUCUUGCAGCCCCUCUUCUGCCCAGUCUGCAGUUUGCGACAAGGAUUGCCUUUGUGGAAUGCUUUUGUCCAGUUGCUCCCAGAGUUGUAAUUGUGGUAAUUUAUGUGCCAACAAACCAUUUCAAAGCCGACCUGUGAAAAAAAUGAAAUUAGUUGAGACAGAAAAAUGUGGAUCAGGACUAGUGGCAGAUGAAGAAAUUAAGCAAGGGGAUUUUGUGAUUGAAUAUGUUGGUGAAGUCAUCGAUGACAAAACUUGUGAGGAGAGGUUGUGGAAAAUGAAGCACCGUGGUGAGACCAACUUUUAUUUGUGUGAGAUUAAUCGCGACAUGGUUAUUGAUGCCACAUAUAAGGGAAACAAAUCAAGAUAUAUAAAUCAUAGCUGUCAGCCCAAUACAGAAAUGCAGAAAUGGACAAUUGAUGGUGAAACUCGCAUUGGUAUAUUUGCAACUCGUGACAUAAAAAAGGGGGAAGAGCUGACUUAUGAUUACCAAUUUGUGCAGUUUGGAGCAGAUCAAGAUUGCUUUUGUGGUUCUGCUGCUUGCCGGCAGAAGCUAGGUAACAAGCCUAGCAAGUCAGAUGCUGCGCUUCAAUUGGUCCUUUGUGAGAUGGCAGCCUCAUCACCCACUGUCCAAGCACUCCUUUAUGGAAAAGAUGAUUUUCCAGGGGGGAGACCAGAAAUGGGAAGUUUAUAUCUUUCUCUUCCUUAUAAGAAAAAGACCAGCUUCCAGAAUUGCAUUGGGGAAGUAAUUCGGAUAUGGUGCCGCCGUGCUAAAAGGUACUAUGGUGGCGUCAUAUUAGAAUUCAACAGCUAUACCAGAAAACACACUAUUAUCAACGAGGAAGGUCUGAUUACAAUUCUUGAUCUGUCCAAAGAGGAUUGGGACCUUCUGUGAUCCAAUUACUUUCCAUAUUCAUUUCCCCAUGUGCAAACCCAAAUGCAGUUCCUUCAUAAAGUUUGUUCAGUUGCUGCAUCUUUGAUACUCUCUUUGGAUGCAAACCUUGACCACAGUGGUUUAACCGUUACAGUUCGAUCAAUGUCACUAAUUGAUCGAACACAAUACUUUUGUAACAACAUUGAUGAUUGAUUGAUUGACCCAAUUGUAACUUUUGUAUUUUGGAGCUUUGGAGCGAAAGUCAUACAUGUUUUCAA